AUGCCAGCGGGGCCGCGUGUGCUGCUUCUUGGGGGCCUGGGCAUGAUUGGCCUGAGCCUCCUCAAGUACAUUGUUGACUACGAACUUGCAUCAUACGUCCGUGUGGUUGACAAACGCGUGCCAGAGAUGUGUUUUAUCUCGCAAACGUACAGGGAACUCUUGACGCUAAAAUUCGUCGAGUUCCUUCAGGCUGACUUGUCCACGCAAGGGCACGUUGAUCGGGCCUUUGCUGGGGAACCGUUUAGCAUUAUCGUGAACCUCGCCAGUGAAACCCAGCAUGGGCACAUGCACGUUGUCUAUGAACGAAGUAUCUUGCAGUUGCGAACGCUUUGCGCACAAACAGCUGCCAGGGAAGGCGGAUGUGAGUGUUACGUGGAGGUGAGCACUGCCCAGGUGUAUGCGUCGACCAACGAUUCCCCGUCAAGGGAGACAGACACUCGGUUGAAGCCAUGGACAACAAUGGCGAAGUACCAUCUUGAGGCUGAGCGUGUCGUUUCUUCCAUCUCGCAGCUCCCCUGGAUGAUUGUGCGACUUCCAAUUGUUUAUGGACCAGGCGAUAUUCGUGGUCUUAUGCCACGCAUUGUCUGUGCCGCAGUGUACGAAAAAACAGGGGAACACAUGGAGUUCUUGUGGGGAAAGGACCUACGCAUGCAUACGGCACAUGUGCAGGAUGUUGUGGCAGCUAUAUGGCACAUUGUGUGCGCCGGCGCCACCCACGAGGUGUACAACGUCGUGGAUGACGGUGACACAACACAAGGGAGUCUCAACGUCGUGUUGGAGUCCAUGUUUAAAGUAAAGACAGGAUUUUUUGGGGCAAUGAUAUGCGGUAUGGCAACCCUUAGCUUGGGGGCAGUAGCGGAGGAGGCCAACGAGGGCCUCAUGGAGCCGUGGACGGCGAUGUUGAAGGAAAACGGCAUCUCUGUCACUCCCCUCUCUCCCUACCUGGAGAAGGAGCUUCUGUCAGCUGACCCUCUGGCCAUCGAUGGGUCGAAGCUGCGGGCUCUCGGCUUUCGCUGCAGUUGUCCGAAGGUUACGAAGGAGUUGCUGGAGGACAGCUUGGACUACUGGGUCUCUCUUGGUCUUUUUCCAAGGUGA